UCGUUAGUGGCUGUUCUAGAGGAACUUUCUUAGCAAAUACUCAGAACCGUCCUUGAAAAAAAAAAUAAUAAUAAUAAUUCAGUUAAAAUGCGUACCUUCGGCGUUUGCUUAGUACUGGUGUUGUUCGUGGCGAUGCUGGUCGGCAGCAGCGGUAAUCCCGCCGGCGAUAAUGCUGCGCUCACUUUAGAGWCAGCCGCUCAACCGUUAACCUUGUCUGAUGUCAACGACCAGCAAGGACAUGAGAAUGUAGGCGAUCGCUUGGCACGGGGCCACGGAGGCCAUCAUGGUGGGCAUCAUUAUGAUGGGCACCAUGAUGGGCAUCAUGAUUGGCAUCAUGGUGGGCAUCAUCAUGGUUAAAGCGACUACAAAUUAAAAAAAAAAAAACAAGUAUACAUAUAUAUCUUUAAUUUGAAUUGUGAAAGUAAACAUUUGAUUUAACAAAUUAUUGAAAUAAAACUAAAAAAAAUCUUGCAAGAA